AAGUCAGGACAGGGAAGAAGACUCUCCAGGAUGAGGACAGAAGAAGCUGUGUGGGACUAGUUGCUCCAGACAGAAGGUGCAGUGCUGGCGUUGGUGGGGCUGAAAGUUCUGGUCCAGGGAUGUUGCAGCUGAGCCUGUCCUGGCUGGGACUGGGGCCUGUGUCAGCCUCCCCAUGGCUGCUUCUGCAGCUGGUCGGUGCUACCUGGUUCCUGUCCCGAAUCCUGUCCUGGAUCUAUGACUUCUAUGACAACUGCUGCCGCCUCCAGUGUUUCCCGCAACCCCCAAAACGGAACUGGUUUUGGGGUCACCGGGACCUGGCGAAGAGCAAUGAAGAGUGUUUGCAGCUGAUGGAAGAUGUGGGCCACUACUUCCACGACGUCUACCUCUGGUGGCUAGGGCCCUUGUACCCCGUCCUGCGGCUUGUCCACCCCAACUUUGUUGCUCCCCUGCUCCAGGCCCCAGCCACCAUCAUACCGAAGGAUAUGUUUUUGUACAUCUUCCUGAAGCCCUGGCUGGGGGUUGGGCUCCUGCUGAGUGCUGGUGAGAAGUGGAGCCGCCAGCGCCGCCUGCUGACACCUGCCUUCCACUUUGAUAUCUUGAAGUCAUAUGUGAAGAUUUUCAACAAGAGUGCAGACAUCAUGCAUGCCAAGUGGCAGCGCUUGGCCUCAGAAGGCCACACCCAUCUGGACAUGUUUGAACACAUCAGCCUCAUGACUCUGGACAGUCUGCAGAAAUGUGUCUUCAGUUUUGACAGCAACUGCCAGGAGAAACCCAGUGAAUACAUUGCUGCAAUCUCCGAGCUCAGUGCCCUGGUGACAAAACGGAAUGAGCAGAUCUUCCUGCACAAGGACUUCCUGUACUACCUCACCCCCGAAGGGAGGCGCUUCCGCAAGGCCUGCCGCCUGGUGCACGACUUCACAGAUGCCGUCAUCCAGGAGCGGCGUCGCACCCUCAUUAGUCAGGGUUCCCAAGACUUCCUUAGGGCCAAGGCUAAGGCCAAGACUUUGGACUUCAUUGAUGUGCUCCUGCUGGCCAAGGGUGAAGAUGGGAAAGGACUGUCAGAUGAGGACAUCCGAGCCGAGGCUGACACCUUCAUGUUUGCGGGCCAUGACACCACUGCCAGUGGCCUCUCCUGGGUCCUGUACAACCUGGCAAAGCAUCCAGAGUACCAGGAGCACUGCCGGCAGGAGGUGCAAGAGCUCCUGAGGGACCGUGAGCCUAAGGAGAUUGAAUGGGAUGACCUGGCUCAGUUGCCCUUCCUGACCAUGUGCAUCAAGGAGAGUCUGCGGCUGCAUCCCCCAGUCACUAUCAUCUCUCGCUGCUGUGCCCAGGAUGUUGUGCUCCCAGAUGGCCGGGUCAUCCCCAAAGGGAACAUCUGUGUCAUCAGUAUCUUUGGGAUUCAUCACAACCCAUCCGUCUGGCCAGACCCUGAGGUAUACAAUCCCUUCCGCUUUGAUCCAGAAAGUCCCCAGAAGAGGUCACCUCUGGCUUUUAUUCCCUUUUCGGCAGGGCCGAGGAACUGCAUUGGGCAGACGUUUGCCAUGACAGAGAUGAAGGUGGUCCUGGCACUCACACUGCUGUGCUUCCGCGUCCUGCCAGAUGAGGAGGAGCCGCGCAGGAAGCCAGAGAUAGUCCUGCGGGCAGAGGGCGGCCUUUGGCUGCGGGUGGAGCCUCUGCGUGGAGGCCAGCAGUGACCCACCACCUCCUGGCCUGGGGUCCACCCUAACCCUACACACUUCACUUUGUGGAGUCCCAGGAAUAAAACUGUGCUGAACCUCAAGAGAGCCAGCAGGGGGCUCUUGGGUCUCAUGAGGAUCCAGGGGGGUGGGUGUAGCUGAGAAGGUGGAGGACUGGGAUGGAGGGCAAUACUGAUUUGGGAGCGGGGUCAGGAGGACAGAACUACUCUUUAGGGAAGGUGGAGCAGAGAGCUAGAUGCAGAGGACCUGGAUCCACCGCUCCUUGCCAUUAGACUACCAAAGUUACCAUCCCCGUCUGCCAUUUAGUAGCUGUUUUGCUUGGGGAAAUUGUUUAUCUUUCUAAGGCUUAGUUCCUUUAUUACAGAAUGGUAGCCACCUUCUUGCACUGCUGUUGGGAUUGAAUAAGCAAGCCUGUCUCAAACGACUGAGUCAAUAUCUGGUAAAUGUCAGUACUCAAUAGGGGUGAAUUUCCUCGCUUCUUUUUUCCCUCACUUUGUCAAAUUAAAAUGUUUUAAAAUCCUCAAA